CUGAUGUGUAGCGCUGGAGUAGGUUGAAUGACAUGUUUUAAAUGCUUUAUAGUCCCGCCUUCUGAAGAUUAACCACCAAUUGGAGACUGUAAUUGUGAAGCGACUGACCACUGACCAGGAAGACACCUGGCACCAUCGUCGCGACGCCAGUGUACCUGCCCGGUAUGCCACCGUUAUUACAGCACAACAUGCAGGCUAUCCUGAUGAAACCACCGCGGAGGAGAAUAAUGCGCACGUAGAUUUCAACGAUUAGCUGCAGCGUGGCGCAUAUUUUCUGCCUCGACACAGCUUGGACACAAUUCAACCUUGAUAUUUAACGUUAGCCUGCCUUUGUGCUAUAACCGGCAGGCAUUCUUCGAGAAUAUUCUUGCGAGCAUCUCAGGUAGAGGGCGUGAUUCAACACUGCACGUGCAAAAGAAUGACAUAACACAUCUUUUUGAAGACUGUUGAACAGCCAUGAAAGGGACCUGUUAAAAUACUUGGACCUGCCGUUGCCUGUUGGAACCCCAGUUGUCAAGUGGAACACUGUGGUGGACUAUAACUGCAUACAUUACCAACAAUGAUUGUCCUGAAAUACCAUGUUUCCCUACCAGUAGCUGCCGGUGCCAUGUUUGUUGGGAUUCCUUACGGCAUUUCACUUGUUGCUCAGUGGCUGUAUGGUUGGCCUAAUAAACCAGGUUAUAAGAAGUACAUUGAGGGUCUGAAGCCCAGACGCAUAUACUGCCUCUCAAGAGCAGUACUGGAGAUGCUGAAAUACUUCAAGUAUGGCAGGCUAUAUUUCCAGUGGAAGUCUUGGUACAAGAAUGUUGACAACAACAAGCAUUAUGUAAAAGGUAUCACUUUUGGUCGAAGGGGCAAGAAGUUGGAUUUAUACCAUUCUCCAAGCAUGGAUCAACAUAAAGUCAUGCCUGUGGUUGUGUUUAUAUAUGGUGGUGCUUGGGGGUCAGGAGAGAGAAGCACAUACUGUCUGCUUGCUCUCCAGAUGGCCAAGGAACUCAAUGCCACUGUGGUUUGCCCAGAUUACUCAAUUUAUCCAGAGGGGAAUGUAUUAAAUAUGGUCGAGGACAUAUCAGACAGCCUACUGUGGGUGAGGGAGAAAGGACAGCAGUUCAAUAUUGACAAGGACAACAUAGUGUUAAUCGGCCACUCAGCAGGGGCACACCUGUGUGCUCUGACCACACUGUUCCUUAUAGACGAAGCAGAGGAGCUUGGUAUAGAGGCAGCUAAACAAACAGCCAUUACCUCAGCAGUCAAGGGAAUCAUAGGGUUAAGUGGAGUUUACAACAUCUUGGACCAUUAUCAGCAUGAAAAGAUGCGUGCUGUGGAGUAUGUCUCAACCAUGCAUAAAGCCAUGAAUGGAGUACAGAACUUUCCUUAUUACUCACCUACUCAUGCAAUUCAAAAACUUGAUGGAGAAAAGAUAAAAAGAGUCCCUCCCUUUGGCUUGCUUCAUGGAACCGAUGACAUCAUAGUUCCGGUGGAGUCAUCGAUGAGGUUCUCUGAGGUCCUGACUUCCCUCUCUGUAAAAGUGUCUCUCUACCUGAUGCCUAAACUGGACCACACAGAGAUGGUUACGGAUCUGAUGGCACCAGACAGACAUUUUUAUCACACUGUCUAUGGCUGUAUCAAACAGGAGUACAGUAAAUUCAUGGAAGCAUGUUGAAUCACUGAAUCAUUCUCUUCCUACAAAUUAACCAAAUUCUGAAUAUGUGUCUUUUUUCUGACAUUUUUCUUAACAACUUGCCUUUCUACUCAGUGCAGCAUUAAACAUCAUUGUCAUUUCUUUACAGUCAUUCCUUUUGCAGUUUUACACAAAAGUAUUCCCUGUUAACAUGUUUACCUGUAAACAGAUACUAUUAAAACAUCAUUUGCAGAAA